AGUCGCAACCCAACCUUCUUCAUGCACUAUCCCCAUGCUACCUUCCCGACGAGACCCUCCAGCUCUCCAGGUGUCCCCUGUCGUCACCUCCAGCACCUCCCGUAUGCACCCUCCGAUGUUGCACCUUGCGCAGUCCAAGCCUCAUCCUCAGCCCAAGUCUGCGCCAGGACAUCGUCGCCGCCACGUCGUGGCUUGGGUGCCCGAUAGUCUGGCCGAGAAAUGCUACAGCUGCCAGGCCUCGUUCUCGCUGAUGCUGCGACGUCACCACUGCCGUCGCUGCGGCAACGUCUUCUGUGACGCGUGCUCGUCUGCCAGGAUGCCGCUGGUCAAUUCAGGCUUCGUCACUCCUGUCCGCGUGUGUGCCAAGUGCUCCGUAGCAGCGAAGAAAGCUCAUGCCAAGAUGGUGCAGGAGAGACAGAAGGCCCGGACUUAUCAACCUCUCAGACGUCAUAGUGAUACUGGAGAGGGAUCAACUAGAGGAGGGUUUCAGUUUUCUGACACAACGAGAUGGGCAUCGAAAUCACAUAUUGCAGACAAAUCGAGAAGUGGCUCUGCCGAAUCUUAUCGACCAUCACUAUAUAGAGGGUCUAUAGAUUUUGGGUCGAUGGAAGGAGGCAUCAUCACGUCUAAUGGACGACGACAAAUGCCAAUGUCGAGUUCUCCUGCAUUCUCUCGAGGGAUUUCAAGUGACAGUUAUGAGAGAAUGGGAAGUGAAGAUACAGAUUACUCAAGUGGACGUAACAAUGGAUACCUACAGACACUGCCGGGUGAGGCAGUAUUGGUGAGAAAUGACAAUGUUCGUGUAAGAUUUUUAGAACGGAUAGAGCAUACGGGCAGGUUGUACGUGACGAAUUACCGUCUUGUAUUUAGCCCCGCAGUUGAUGACGAAGCUGUUACGGGACGAUAUUCACAUGGCGCCAAUGUGAGGAAUAAUGCGCGAGAAGAUGAGUUGCCGUAUGCAAGUGACCUACAUACUGAGUCGUUGGUGGCAUAUCAGGCAAUCCCGCUGGUUACUAUCGAGCGUGUGAAGCGGAAGGAAAUGGUGGAGACUGACAGCGGACUACUUGAAGUGGUUGGCAAGGAUUUCCGCCGUUUACAGUUUAUAUUUGAAGGAUUAGUGUCCAAGCAGACGUUUAGUCAAUUCGAUCGCACUUUUGCACUCGUGCGGACACAUGCACUAGGAGAACCGGAAGGAAAAGUGGACGAGUUUGCCAAGUUUUCGCUGGAAAGAUUCGAUGGUGUUAAUGGAGCAGUGGAUGGCUGGAGGAUCUAUGAUGCAGUGGCGGAAUUUCAGCGACUGGGCAUCUCAUCAUCGACGAACCGAUGGCGAUUAAGUUACGUCAACGAGCAGUACGAAUUAUGCUCAACGUACCCGUCAAUACUGGCAGUUCCAGCCUCUGUGUCCGAUAGUGUGCUGGCAGUGGCAUCCAAAUUUCGAUCAAAGGGGCGAAUUCCAGUUCUCUCGUGGCGUGAUCGUCAUACUGGAGCGGUGAUCUGUCGCAGUAGCCAGCCACUUGUCGGGCUCGGACAGAAACAAUGUGACAAGGAUGUAUUCCUCAUUCAGGCGAUUGCAGCGGCAAACCCUUCCUCAACGAAGCUGGUAAUUAUCGAUGCAAGACCCUGGAAGAACGCUGUAGCGCAGAAGACUGUGGGUCGCGCAGGGUACGAGCUCACAGAACACUAUGAGACGCGGCACGCUACAGCUUCAAUGAAGUAUGCGGACAUGGUUGCGUCAGAGCACAACGCGGCAGCUGCUGCUAUCUCUGCUGGAUCGACGGCAACAGGAGUCUCUAUUAAUGGAGACGUACAGCAUGUGAAUGAGUCGAAUGCCACGGAUGACAGUGGACACCAACAGCUUUUGGAAACGAUGCAGGCGGCUCUCGUUUUGACGGAAUGCAAGUUGAUUUUUAUGGGGAUUGAGAAUAUCCAUACGAUGCGUAAAAGUUACCACAAGCUCAUGGAUCUAUGCACCACAAAGCAAAACAAUGACAAGUGGCUGGAUCAGUUAGCUUCCACUCGCUGGUUGGACCACAUCUCUCGAAUAAUGGACUCGGCUGUGGAAAUUGUGCGUAUUGUGAAGGAACAGAAGUCCAGUGUACUGAUUCAUUGCAGUGACGGGUGGGACCGAACAGCGCAGCUUACAGCGUUGACAGAACUGCUGAUUGAUCCCUACUAUCGAACGAUAGUCGGCUUCGAACGACUAAUUGAGAAAGAAUGGUGCUCUUUUGGCCACAAAUUUCGCGAUAGAACUUCUCACGGAGCCAGCAACAACACCAACGAAACAUCUCCGGUUUUCCUGCAAUGGAUCGACUGCGUGUGGCAAGUUAUGACGCAGUUUCCGAGCGCAUUCGAGUUCAACGAGCGCUAUCUGAUCCUCAUCCUCGACCAUCUGUACUCGUGUCGAUUUGGUACGUUCUUGUACAACUCUCAACGAGAGCGCAUGGAGCAGGAAUCUCUCCACCCAACGCAGUCAUUGUGGUCGUACCUCAGCACGGUAGACCGCGCGAUUGUGCUGAACCCUUUUUACCAGUCACAGAACGCUCCUCGUAUGAAGUGGAAGGCGAACGUCACAGCUACACGGCAGUGCUUUGAGAGAUCAUUAUGGCAGUCGUACGAAGAAUCGCCUCGGUCGGUUCCUCAUAUAACCCAAGAAGAUUGUGAGGUGCACUCAUUGGCGGAUGAAUAUCUGGACUAUGGCAGGAAUGCCUUUGACGCAUCGGAUGGAUCUGCUUGCUCUAGUCCCACGUCGAUAGUAUGCGAAAGUACAGUUGCUGUGGCUUCGUCGCCUUCAAACUCCAGAGUUGAUGCGACAGAUACAGAAGUGAAAGCUGCUUUAGAGUCCACCCAUGAUCAACUUGUGCGUGAACGACGCCGACGUACUGACAGUAACGAUUCAUCGCUUAAUGACGAGUUUGAUAGUUGGGAUGGUGGCAGUGAGUCGAAUAUGGAGAUUCCUCAGCCAUCGUGCUACCAUAGACUGGUACGCGAUCUUGAUACAGGCUUCUCGUUCCCGCAACCAUUGGAGCCUUCGGUUUUAUCCAGCUUCCCGUCCUCUCCGGCAGUUGCGCCUCGUUCUCAGUCUUUCUUUGGUCGAAACGCAGAAGAUGAAGCUGCUAGGCCGUCGACGCCUAAGUCUCGAUCAUCGUUGACGUCUCUAUUUAUGCCAGUGGAGCGCCCACCGUUGUCCGAUGGUCUUUGGAAUACCUCAGAUACCGAUGCUGUAUUCGAUGGCGAUGAGAUUGGUCGCUAUGGAGCCUUAGCACCAUGUGAAGAUGUGAUCGUACCGUCUUGCUCGAUGAAGUCGCUUAAAUUCUGGACGCACUACUAUUUGCGGUGGGACCCGAGUAGCCACUUUGAACGUGAUGCUAGCGUGGAGAUUGAAACAUUGCAUCUUGAUCUGCUUAAAAGGAUGGAGACAUUGACAAAGCAGAUGAAUCCGAUUCGGGGGGAUGAAGCUUCGAAGUGGGAGGCCUCGAUGCAGUCUGACUGUCUUCGUGAAGAAUUUAUAUCGCCAGUGAAAAUACCGCCGCGUCGGGAGCAAAGAACAACGUCAGAAGGGAGCACGUCGUCUCAGAACUCGGAACCAAGUGCAGAUGCUUUAACACUGGAAAGACAGAUUGCGCUACUAAAAGAGCAGAGGCGUCGUAGUCUCGAGGAGGUGGAAGCGAACUAUCAGGAACAACUAGCUCGUUUACAACAGGGAUUUCAUGUAAAAGCAGAAAUGCUGGAUGCGUUGGAGUAAAAAUGGCAAGUCGACAGAAACUCGCCUGCUAAUAAUGUAAUUUUUUUUAGUAUUGUUUGGGAAAAAUAAACUCCGAGGUUUA